UUCAGACAGAGAUCCCUCGGGGAGUCGGAAGAAGUGGAAAAGGGCUGGGCUGUCUCUUUAACACAGCUGCAGUGUGCAGAGAGGGGCCGAGGGCGGUCUUGUGGCCGGACACAAUAGAGUAACUUUACAAGACAGAGCUGGAUGAGACACUGAAGUAACGCUGUUAAAAAAAAACCCUCCUUUACAUCCAUCCAUCUUGGUAUGGAACAGGUCCAAAGCAUGAGCGCUUUUUGUUUUUAGCCGACGAAUAAUCCAGGGGGGAGAGAGAGAGAGAUGUCCUCGGACGUGAGGAAAAGAAAAACGAGUCCCGAUAAGCAAGCUGUGGCCUCGGGUGGUGAUAAGCAUGUGGGAAACGCGUUGCACACCAGAGCGGUACUGUCCCGGGGGUCGCCUCGCUCCUGGCUCGUCGGACUGUUGCCCAAAUUAUUCCUUUUGCUUAUAACGGUCCCGCUUGCCGCCCUCGGCAUCAAAUACUACCUGGAUUCGCAGCUUCUCAAACGGCAAGAGGCGGGCCUGCACUCCCUAGGAAAUGAAGGACUCUUCCUCUUCUCCUCCCUCGACCUGGACCAUGACAUGUUCCUCAGCCCGGAGGAGUUCAAGCCCAUCGCGGAGAAGCUCACCGGAAUCACCCCUCCCUCGGAGUUUGAGGAGGAGCUGAGCCACGAUCCCAACGCUGAGGCCCUGACGUUGAAGGCCAGCUUCCAGCCCCUGCUGAUGGACAGCAUGACCAAGAGCAAAGACGGUUUCCUGGGGGUCACCCGCAGUGCUCUCAACGGGCUGCGCACCUGGAUGAGUCCCGCCAUCCCUACUGCUGAGUUCUCUGCCAACCAGUUCAGGGCCUUCCUGCCCCCCAAAAACAAGCUGGAGGUGGGGGACACCUGGUGGAUCAUUCCCAGCGAGCUGAACUUCUUCACCGUCUACCUGCCCAACAACCGCUACCACCCUCCCACACCCAGGGGCAAAGAGGUGAUAAUUCACACCCUCCUCAGCAUGUUCCACCCCCGUCCCUUCAUAAAGCCCCGCUUCGCCCCUCAAGGAUCCGUGGCCUGUAUCCGCGCUGUCAGCCAAUUCUACUACGACAUCGUCUUCAGGAUCCACGCAGAGUUUCAGCUGAACGACGUCCCAGACUUCCCUUUCUGGUUCACCCCGGGACAGUUCACCGGAAACAUCGUCCUGUCCAAGGACUCGUCUCACAUCCGGGAGUUUCACCUCUACGUCCCCAACAACAGGUCACUGAAUGUGGACAUGGAGUGGCUGUAUGGGGCCACAGAGAGCAGCAAUAUGGAAGUGGACAUUGGCUACCUGCCCCAGAUGGAGCUGCAGGCCGUGGGCCCCUCCAUCCCCUCCUUCAUUCACGACGAGGAGGGCAACGUCAUAGACAGCCGGGGCGCCAGCGGGGAGCCCGUCCAGUUCGUCUUCGAGGAGAUCCACUGGCACUCGCAGAUCAGCAGAGAGGAGGCCGCCCGCCGUCUGGAGGUCACCCUCUACCCCUUCAAGAAGGUGUCUUACCUCCCCUUCCUUGAGGCCUUUGACAGGGCCAAAGCUGAGAACAAGCUGGUGCACUCCAUCCUGCUGUGGGGGGCUUUGGACGACCAGUCAUGCUGAGGUUCGGGGCGAACUCUCCGGGAGACCGUCCUGGAAAGUUCGCCCGUCUUGGCUGUGCUGAACCAGAGCUUCAUCAGCAGCUGGUCCCUGGUCAAAGAGCUGGAGGAGCUGAGGGUGAGUGAGCCCGUGGCCUCGGACCCAUUUCCCAGGGUAACCGACGUCAUCACGGCAACUUCCAGCAGAGUUUAGCAGCGCUGUGCUGAAGCAAACCCCAG